AUCGAGACACAAAUAGUCACUGUGUGAUAAAUCCUCUGAAAUGUUGAAACUCGCUAUAUUUACUGCUUUUAUUAGUGUAGGGGAAAGUGGACGUUAUGGUGCAGGCUUACCCUCCGAUGGAUUUAGAAGAGAUAAUAGCGGUAUAAAGUUACAAGAAGUUUUUGCUUGGAGCAAAAUUGAUUACAAUUGGCCCAACGUGGAAGCUAGGGAUGAGGCGAUACGAAAUGGAGUUUAUGUAGCUGAAAAUAAUCUGCCACUUGGUGUGGCUAAAUGGAAAAAUAAAUUGUUUGUUACUGUGCCCAGGUGGAGAAGUGGAGUUCCAGCUGCUCUCAACUACAUAUCUCUCGACACUGCAAAUGCGACAGCACCUCUGAACCCUUAUCCAGACUGGAAAGCCAAUGCAUUACCAAGAGAAGAUGAGACCCCGACUGAAAACCACACCACCCGACUGUCACCAUUCAGGAUCAAAGUAGAUCCAUGCGACAGACUUUGGAUUAUGGACACAGGAUUGGCUGGUAUCACUGAUAACCAUGAACGGAUAUUUCCCUCAGCAGUAGUCAUUUUUGAUUUGAAGACCGACAAGUUAAUUAGGCGCUAUAAUCUGAAGAGAAGUGACAUCAACGGGUGGAGUUCGCUUUUUUCUAACAUCAUUGUCGAUGUUACGAAAGACACUUGCGAUAUGGCAUUCGCUUAUAUUCCUGAUAUGCAAGGUUACGGUCUGGUGGUGUAUUCUUUCGCUGAAAACAAUUCUUGGAGAGUCAGACACAAUUAUUUUAAUAUUGACCCCUUGAAGGGAGAUCUCACGAUUGGAGGAGUUAGUGCUCAAUCACCUUUUGGCAUAAUCAGUGUCGCUCUGGGACCAGUAAAAAAAAAUGGAAAAAAAUUGCUGGCACAGUUACCUAUAAUGAUUAGUGACAAGGGAAUGUAUUUCCAAAGAUUCCGAACAGCAUAUUUUCACUCCUUGGCGAGCACCAGUGAAUUCUCAGUUAGUACUGAAGUGUUGAGGAAUCAGACGUUAGCUACAGACCCACGGUCUUAUGUUCUUUUUAAGUUUGAAGGAAAUAAAGGAGAACGUGCACAAAGUUCUGCAUCGGUUUUCGACGAGAAACGUAACGUCUUGUUCCUUGGUCAAAUUCAAGAAGACCUUCUAGCAUGCUGGAAUCCGAGUACCAAACUCACACCCCAAAAUGUGGACGUCGUAGCAGUAGAUCACGAAAAGCUCAUUUUCAUCAAUGACAUAACGAUUGAUGACGAUCAAUUAUGGAUUCUCUCAGACAGAAUGCCUUCUUUUCUUUAUAAAUUGCUGAAUUUCAACGAGGUUAACUAUAGGAUAUUCAAAGUAUCCGUGGAAGAAUCUAUAAAAGGAACACGAUGUGCUACAUGACGAAAACAAGCAGCUUAUAGAUUUAUAUGAUCAAAACUGACUCUAGCAUCAACUGAAAUAUUUACAAUAUUCAUAAAUUUCAUUAGUAGAAUGUAAUAUUUUUUGUAUCUUCAUACAUAGACUCUGGCAUACCAAUCAGCACUGUUUCGGUUUCAUUAGUGGUAAUAGUCGGACCAUAAAUGGAAAGAUUUUCCACUCAUUCUGUUCUUAGAACAGCCUUGAGUAAGUGAUGAUGAUGAAAAUUCAAACCAAGAAUAUGAGCGAAUUAAGGGAUCCCAACGGCUAUAGCUUUGACAUCGCAUGAGGUUUACUGUUCCUUUCUAUAGUUUCCAUUGCACUAUCAGAGAAUGAAAGCGAUUCAUCUAUAAUUCAUUACUAUGUAACCUGCAAUGGACCGCAUUUAGGUCCCUCGUAUAAAUAAAAUGAUACUUCAUGAUUGUAAAUUA